AUGAAUAUGCAAUGUGAAGACGAUCCGUUGCAGAGACGGGAAAAUAUAAUAACCAAAAGUCAUAGCGAGAAUGAGAAACAGAAAUCGAACAGAAAAAAGUAUAGCAAUUCCAAAAUAGAAGAAGUGCAAGGCGAAGAUGACUCAGUUUAUAUUACACAAAAUGAUAAGGAUUAUGUAAAAUUCAGCAAUAAGAACUACACACAGGAGAAUAUUGACAUACAUAAUAACUUCUUUUACGAUAAAAACAAGAAGAUAAGGAGAACGAUGCCUAGAGAAGAAGACAAUUCGAGUAAGCAAUCCACUAUGAGCAAAAUGAAAAAGUUUUUCUUAAUAUUUUUCAAUGGAUGUUUAGUUGUUUUUUUGGGGGUGAGCAACAAUAUAUGCGGUAGAAUGAGGAACAGAGUUCUGAACAAUUUUGACAGCUUAACUGCUUCAUAUAAUGCCAUAGCAUAUGUGAUUAUAUAUUUAGUUUUGUGUAUCAUAUAUAGUAAAUCUAGAAGUAUUACAAAAGAUCAUUGGUUGUAUAUAUAUCCAUGCUUGCGUAAGUUUUUUAAAAAAAAAGGGGAAAGUGCUGAAAUUGGAAAAAUAGAUUUGAGAAAGGAGGAUAAGCACAAUUACACAGUUGAUGUAAAAGAUGAAGAAACCAUCAAGAGAAAGAAAAAAAUUACGAAAAUUUUUUACAUUCACAAAAAGAGGAUAUAUGAGCCUCUCUUGGAGGGAAAUAUGGAACACAUCGAAGAUGAGUGUUUCAGUCGAUCGACUAGAAAUAGUGACCCUAAGAAUGGAAGUGAAUGCAUAACUGGUAUCAUAAGUAAUAGCAAAAAAUGUGAUCUUAAUAUUAUUCCUAAUGAGCGUACAAACACAAACGAAAGGAAACGCAUACAAGUUCAAGAGGACGAAAAUAAAAACAUUUGUCAUAACUGCACUACUAUUGCAGGUGUAGCAAAUAGGGGGGAUAAGAAAAGAACAAAUGUGUAUAAUGGUCAAAAUACAAAUGAGACACGUGUCAACCAUCAUAACGAACGUAAUAAUGAAGAAAUAGAUAAAAGUUGCAGUUGUAAUAUGAAUAAAGAUAAUUUUGAUGAGGUAGAAAUUUCCUCAUUCAGCAAGCAAGACAUAAAGGAUAUUCUAGAAAAUUACAAACAUUAUGAACCAUAUGAAGAUAUAUUUCAUUGUAGAGAAACAAAAGUGAAUAAAAUAUUUUCAAAUAUUAAAAAUAAAUGGACAAAAUUAGGAGCAUAUAAAUAUAUAGGUAUUAUAGCCAUAUUGGACAUAAUAUCCAACACUCUCUAUUUCGUGUCGCAGCUAGCUAUUCCAUUAACCAUAUUAUUAUUAUUGAAUCAGUUGAAUUUUAUUUUCUCCAUUUUAUUAUCUUUCUUGAUUUUAAAAAGAAAGUAUAACAUACACCACGUGCUAUCAGUUAUUAUCGUUAUAGUAGGAUUUCUCUUCUUCUACAUUCCAUAUGUGUACAAAGAAAACACUAUUGUCACAAAGCAGAUUCUGGUCAAUUAUUAUAUGAAUUCCAAUUUCACAAUAAAUUUAAAUCAUACAAUAUUUGACAAUAAUAAUCAUUUCACUACGUUAUACCAUAGUUCCGAAACCACAGAUACUAUUGCACCACCAUUGGGUAUAUUUGCAUCCAUUUUCUUUUGUGUUUUCUCUAUUCUUUUAACAUCAUUCGGUGGAAUACUAAGAGAAAUAUUUUUUUCAGAGUAUAUAAAACAAAGAGAAAAACAUCACAAUGUUUUAAGUAUAAGGAAAAGUAAAAAGAAAUGCACACAAAUCUGUAGUGCAAAUUGCAUCCCACGAGUGGGGACACAACAAGGUGUUUUCGACGAAAUGGAAACUGAAGUAAGAAUGUCAUCAGAGGAGACUAACAGACAAAUGGAUAAGACGGAUUAUCCUAAAGUUGGGAAUAUCGACGAAUAUAACUCUUUCGAUAAACAAAAUGAGACAGAUAAAAAUGGAUACACGAUGAAUUUGGAGAUUCCAAAUGUAAGCUACAAAAAGGAAGAAACAGAUGAAGAAGAAGCGGAAGAGGAAGGAAAAGGCUUGCAGAGUGGAAUAUCCACACCAGAAAGGAAAGGAGUCAGUAACAAAAUCAAUAGUACCGAGAAUGGAGUUGUAUUUUUUUGUCCAAAGUUUAGAAAAGAAGGGGGAAAAAUGAAAGUAUCUAAAGGAGCAGACUUCUCGACAAGUUUAGCGCUUCAGAACAGAGUAGAUCCCGUAGAUGUAGAAAAAGGAGAAUCUAAACACGAGGUAUUACGAAUUACGAAGGGAGGGAGCAACAUGUCAGACAGAAUGAGUGUAAUACUUUUGUCAUUCAAUACUUCUCUUAUUCAGAUUUGUUUACUACCAAUUAUCAUAUAUUUUCAACUACUAUUUAACAAGAACAAAGAUGUGUCUUAUUUGUUAUACAUUGAAGAUAGCCUUCAGUGUUUUUUAGGACACACAAUGGAAAAUAAUACAAAUUGUAAAUACUCAUUUCGUGUGUAUAGUCUGUACAUAAUUGUAAAUGCAAUAUUUAAUUUGAGUGUAUCAUCAUUUUACAGAAAUUAUUCAUCAGCCGAAUGUUUUUUAAUUUUGAAAUCAUCAACUCCACUUACUUUGGUCAUUUUAUAUUUUUACGAUUUCCCUUUUAUAUUGGAUAGUGACAAAUACUUUACCAUUUAUUUUGUCAUCAGCAUAAUAAUCGUUUUUACAGGUGUAAGCUAUUUCUUUUAUCAAAACAUUGCGUCAGAGAAAAAAAAUAAAGUCAGGUAA